AUGAUGGGCGAAGAAGAAUCAAGCAAAGAACCGAUGCAAUUCCUCAGUUUGAACGAGGAAAACACCUGUAACGACGAGGUUUUGACCUCAAAUUCCUAUUCCAGCUCCCGUAAUGUCAUCACCACCCUCGCCUCCUCGUCAGUGAACUCCCAAUUGCCUGCUGCGGCGGGAGAACGGCUCGUCUCCGAUCCCCUCCUGUUUCCACUUGACAAUCCCUCCACCGAAUCAUAUGUUGAUGUCAUCUUCAGCCCUAUGGAUGACGGGCCGGCCAUAUCCUCUAUUUCUGAACCCAACGGCACUGGAGAAAUUCUUGAUGAAUUGACAAUUUUGCAAAGAUCAAGAAAAACCAGCUCUGAGUAUUUGAACGUCACCGUUUCCGAUCCGCAAAAAGAGUGGGAAUCCUCCAAUUCGAUUGUUUCGGGUAGUAACACGUAUGUUACUUAUUUGAUUACCACGAAUACUAAUAUUCCUGAUUAUGGAGGGUCUGAUUUUUGUGUCCGGAGAAGGUUCAAGGACGUUGUUAUACUCUCGGAUCGCUUGAAUGAAAGUUACAGAGGACUUUUCAUUCCGCCACGUCCGGAUAAAAGCAUAGUAGAGAGUCAGGUCAUGCAAAAGCAAGAUUUUGUGGAGCAGAGGUCAUUGGCAUUGGAGAAGUACUUGAGGAAGCUUACAGAGCACCCGAUGAUUAAGAAGAGCGAUGAGUUGAGGGUGUUUUUGACGGUUCAGGGGAGGAUGCCACUGCCUGCGAGCAUUGAUGUGGCUUCAAGGAUGCUUGACGGAGCAGCGAGGCUGCCCAAGCAGUUGCUGGGGGAGUCAAGGAGCAUGAUUGAACCCCAGGAUGUGGUGCAGCCGGCCAAGGGUGGGAGAGAUUUGCUGAGGUUGUUCAAGGAGUUGAAGCAGUCAGUUGUGAAUGAUUGGGGCGGGUCAAGGCAACCUGUGGUGGAGGAUGAUAAGGAGUUCUUGGAGAAGAAGGAGAAAUUGCGCGAUCUCGAGGAGCAACUCACUGAUGCAUCUAAACAGGCUGAGACACUGGUUAAAGCCCAGCAAGAUAUGGGGGAUACAAUGGGAGAAUUAGGACUAGCUUUCAUUAAGUUGACAAAGUUUGAGAAUGAGCAGGCCGUAUUGAAUACUCAGUUUCUGAGGGCUGUUGACAUGAAAAAUGUAGCAACUGCAGCUGUCAAAGUAAGCAGAUUGUAUCGGGAAUUAAAUGUGCAGACUGUGAAGCAUUUGGAUAGGCUGCAUGAACACAUGGGGCUGAUGUUAGCUGUAAACCAUGCAUUCUCUGAUCGUUCAAGUGCUUUAUUAACAGUACAAACUCUUAUAUCAGAAUUGUCUUCCUUGCAUUCAAAAGCUGAAAAACUUGAAACAACAUCAUCCAAAAUUUUCGGAGGUGACAAGUCAAGGAUCCACAAAUUAGAAGAGCUGAAGGAUGCCAUUAGGGUCACAGAGGAUGCUAAAAGCUGCGCUGUCAGAGAAUAUGGAAGAAUCAAGGAUAAUAAUAGAAGUGAAAUGAAAAGACUAGAUAGUGAAAGGCAGACUGACUUUGUUAACAUGUUGAAAGGAUUUGUUACUAAUCAGGUGGCAUAUACGGAGAAAAUUGGAUGUGAAUGGGCAAACGUUGCGGAAGAAACCAGUAGAUAUGCAAAAGAGAGCACGUAG